AUGCUCUUCCAUCCUGCAUACAGGAUAUUCGCUGCGGUCCUUCCGUUAGUCUUCAUACGCUCGGCCAGCAGCUCGGAUACUUCCAACGAUGACUCGGGUUCGUCUCUAUGGGAUAUUGUCCCAGAAUGCGCGAAGACUUGUGUUGAAAACUUUGCCAAGUCCGAGUACACAUCCGAAGAAUGCAGCACUACAUCGGAUGUGGAGUGUUUGUGUCGGACGAAAACACCCAGCGGUCUCACCAUUGGCGAGGCGGGGCUAAGCUGUGUCUACGCUCUGUGCUCGAAAACAAUUGUACAAAACUCUUCUGUUGCAGUCUAUCGAAUCUGCGACUCGGUGUCGGGUGCUAUCGCGGAGACGCAUAAGACAAUCACGGCAUCGACCUUUCCCAGCGUGUUGUCUACUAUUACGACCGAGACAGCGACAACCGACUCCGCUACAACUGCUUCCCAAACUUCAGAUACCGCCCCAACGGCUACUACUCAAUCCACAACCUCUACAACUUCUACCGCAUCUCCCGGAAUCACCGUUUACCAUCCAACCUCGUCUGAAACUGGAGCGGCGCCACUCGUCAGUACUGAAACACCCUCUCCGACAUCGACCAGCUCUUCAUCUCCAUCAAGCAGUCCGAGUGCUACGAAAAACAAAAACGAUCACCACGUCAGCGCUGGUACUGUGAUUGGAGUCUCCGUCGUAUCGGGUGUGGCGGGCUCCUUCAUCAUUGGCGUUGCGGUGUUCUUUCUCUGCAAGAGAUGGCGGCGAAACAACCGGGUCGAAGACCCUGACUCUGACUUUGAGAUUGGAGGUGCAAUGGCUGAACCUCCUGGCUUCUCACAAUCCUCAUCACGGAGCUCAACAUCCGGUCCAAGGCCAGGGCCUUCUUCAUUUGGUGCUGUAGCCAAUCGCCAGGAAAUGUCACAGUCAUCACACACCUUACAGCCGGGGUCUCAGCGCCCACCGAGAUUGGUUACACCUGACAUCGAAGGCGAUCUCCCAGAGCUCUGCGGGCGGGAGCGCAUAGGACUGGCCGCCAGCUCAGAUUCAGAGUGGGGGUCAUCACCUAGGACAUUGUCAUCACAAGCCACACUUUCAGAACUCCUGCCAAACCAGGGAGCUGGACUAUAUCCCAAGCCUCUCAGAUGGACCCACCGGCCUAUUAGCGGGGAAACGCUCUUUGAAGAGGAUGAAUUUCAGCAGGGCGUGAUAGAGAGAAGACAGAAUGCCGCCCAAAGAUCAGGGUCUCCAAAUGUGAUAACAGGGCUGCCAGCCAACCCUCGCGCGCUCAAGAACGGAUUUCCAGCACAGAAAUUCCUCCGUGCCCCUAUUCAACAACGACCAAACCAGAGUCGAAACCUAACACCCGAUCCUACCACGGAUGGGUCGGCACCACCAUUCGUCAGGCCUGCCUUACCCGGAUCCGACACAUCAAACAGCACCUGGACACCAAUAGACAGCUCAGGUUCAUCGCACGAGACAUCAUCCAACACAUCCCUCGCAGCCCCCUUCAGUGCCGCUCAAGGCCGCAUCCUGAGCGGUACUCAUAGUCGAGCCGGCCCUACAGCACCAACUCCCUCGAGCACACUAGGACCACCCGCGGAGAUAGUAUCCCGGCCACGCAUCGUCCGCGGCGACGAUAUCAAACGCGUCCAAAUCCGCAGCAGCCCACAUCCACCCAGCGAGGUAGGAGCACCGUGGGGCCCUGAUGACUUGUGGCUUGAACGCGGCCGUGGAAGGGAUGUACGUGCCUCGUCCUCCGAGGUUCCAUAUCCCUCAGAAGUGAAUCCCGGCACUAUUGGAUACCCAUCAAGUCCCAAGAAGAGACCCGAGGGUGCGCCGAAGAGAGUGUCACCGACGAGUCGCAAUUUGACGCCUUCAAGGCGGGGACAGGAUAUGUUUCUGCGUGUGGAUUGA